AUGGUAGCUUGGGUGCGAAGAGUCGGUAAAGACAAUGGUAUUGUUAUUGUUAUUAAAAAAUCUGCUAGUUUAAUUGGUGGCAAGUUGCCAAAGUGCAUUUUUAGUUGUGAAAGAAGUGGAAAGUAUAGAUCAGCACGGAAUGCAGUUGAAGGGCAAUCAUCGCAAAAGAAUACUGUGACAAAAAAAUGCGAGUGCCCAUUUGAGCUGCGAGGUAUACCAAUACCUCCAGCGGGUGUCAUGUGGGGUGUAAGGGUUGAAUGUGGUAUCCAUAACCAUGAAACAGCAGAAUAUUUUGAUGGGCAUGAGUACCCGUCAAGGCUAACACCAGAGGAGAAAGAAAUUGUGCGCGACAUGGCGGAUAACACAGCACCUCGUGAAAUUCUUAAUGUUUUAAAGAAAAAAAAUCCGUUAAACACUACAUGUGCCCAAAGCAUAUACAACCUCAAAUAUACGGAUAACAUAGUAGAACUAGACGGUCUAAGUCCUACCCAGUUUGUCUUGAAUCAACUAAUACAGAAAAGAUACCUCCAUGAAUAUCGUACAAAUCCAUACACCAACGAAAUCACUGAUAUUGUUUGGGUUCAUCCUCAAAGCCUAGACUUAUUUGUGAACUUUCCGUCCGUAUUGGUCAUUAAUGCCACAUACAAGACCAACGAGUACCGGUUACCACUAUUGGAAGUUGUGGGUAUCACAUCCACAAUGUGCACUUACUCUCUCAUGUUUGCACAUCUUACAAAUGAGAGGAUAAAGAACUUGACUUGGGCCCUGAGUACCUUAAAGAAAUGGAUGCUUGGAAGGGGGGCAUUGUUGCCAUCAGUGUUUGUUACAGAUCGAGAUUUGGCGCUUUUUAGCGCUAUUGAAGCAUGUUUCCCCUCGGCACGUCACAUUCUUUGCAUUUGGCACAUCAACCAAUGCAUAAUAAAGCACUGCAGAGGGGUCCUUGGUCCGUCGUUUAACGACUUUAACAUGUCAUGGCACUCGCUUAUUAAUUCUACGACCGAAGCGUCUUUCAAUCAGAAGUGGAAUGCCAUGUGCGAUGAUUAUAAACAACACCCGCAGCUCUUACAAUACCUUUUCAAUACAUGGUUAAUGCCGUACAGAGAUAGGUUUGUGGCAGCAUGGAUAAAUACGUGUAUGCACCUCGGAAGCAAUUCAAGUCAGAGACAUGAUCUUGCAUAUUACCGUUGGUACUCCAUGCCAAUUCCGAUUCAGAGUAUCCACGAUCAUUGGACUAAGUUGUCCAUGCGUGCGCCCAUUGUGAAUGACGAGGGAGAACGACCGGACAGAACAUAUGAAGUUAUAGACAGAUUACGUGGGAUGGAUCAAUCUACGCAAGAGCACAUGAUAGACAGGAUUAUCGAUAUGACGGAUCCAUCUCAGAGCACAGUUCGAGGCCUAGCUUAUAACACGGCUCAUAGAGGUCGACCUACUGGUAGAGAGAAGCAAAGUGGACGACGCAUUCCUUCCUUUACAGAAGCAUCGACUUCAUCAUCUAGGAUCGAAUCUGGGAGACGUGGGAGGGGCGAGGGAGUUCACAAAACUCAAGCGAACCGUGAUGAAUUUUCAGUUCCAUCCAUCCGUACCGACUACAUUCAGCAUUUACCUCAAGCUUAUCAGCAUUACAUUUCUCACAUUAAUGACGUCCGAGGUGACGGUCAUUGUGGAUUUAGGGCGAUAGCCGCUCACAUAGGGUAUGGUGAAGAUCGUUGGGCUCAAGUUCGAAGAGAUCUCAUUAAUGAGAUUGAACAAAAUAUGGAUCUAUAUAAUGCGCUAUAUCCAGAAAUAGGUUGGGCAGACCACCUAAUACGGUCUUUAAAUUACUUUGAAGAUUCGGCACCAGAUGAGUAUUGGAUGGACGCUAUGAGUAUGGGAGUUGUCAUCGCUUCGGCGUACAACCUUGUUCUGCAUACAUUUGAUGGGCUUCCUUCAGGUUGUUUUACUCACUUCCCAUUGAGAUCCCCUCCAGUUCCAGACCAAUAG